UCGAGACUCGCCAAUCGAUGUAGCCUUUUAAUAACAAAGUCGUGUGUCUGUAAGAGUGACGUUAUGCUCGAGCCAUCGAAAGGAAAGACCAAGAUAUCCGGGAGGUACCGGGUCGAGCAGCCCAUGGAAAAUUUUCGCAUCAGAGUGAAAAUCGUGCAGCAAAAGUCGCUCCUGGCCGAGUUGUUCGAAAACGAGGACGAGACGCUGGACAGCAACUUCCUCGAGGCCGAGGAGCACGAGUUCGCGUGGCAGGAGAAGGUAUUCGGGCCGUACGAGGCCAAGUACUACCGGGAGGAGCGCAACUGCACGACCGACCAGCAAAAGGAGUACCGGCGCCGUUUGCUCGAACAGACCGAGGACGCCGAUGGCUCGCGGCUCUACUCCUACGUCCAGGGCGACGCCUACUGCCCGGACCCGAAUCCGAUCACCGGCACCUACCGCUCGAGCUUGUCCGUCAAGAACGAGCAGGCCUUGCCGCCCCUCAGAAACCGCAAACCCUUCCCCGAGCGCUACAACAAACAGGUCGUCGACCACGCGCCGUCCGACAGGAGGAUACGCGAGAACCACUACCUGUACACGGAGCGCGUUAACAUGUACAUCGUGGUCGACCUGUCGCCGAAGGACGAGGGCGCGGUGGCCUCGACCGACUCGGAAGCCCUGCUCUGCGCGAUAAGCUACGAUCCCCUGCACCAAAGUUUGACGGUCAGCCCGGAUUUUUCGACCCUCGAGUGUUACAGCGUCGACGGGAUCGGAAUGAGCUACGACUUUUGGCUGGAGCACGCGUCCCAGAAACCGUCGGUGCGCGAACUCCAACGCCACAGGGAGAACAUGAAAAAAGUUAGCGACUUUAUAAUACACCUCCUAUAUAAUUAUGCGCCGUCAAUACAUGAACCGCCCAAAGUAAAAAGAAAACAACCGCAGGAGCUGCAGCGGAUCCGCAGCCUGAAGGAGGCGCACCUGUUCCACGAGAUCUUAGCCCCGCAGCCGCGCGUGCUGCGCAUGUAUCUGAGCCUCGACAUCGGGGCAGCCCGCGAUUUCGACAGCGACGACGGAGUCUUCGUGACGUAUUACCUUGACCUGCCGUGCCACUGGCGACCGGCGUCCGAGGUUGAUCGGCGCAAGCUCACGGGCCGAACGCAGAGGUGCAGGGCUCGAAACAAACAAGCCAACCUAUCCUACUGCGCGGAAGUCCUGCUGGAUCUGGACCUGACCGAACUGGUUGCUGCGAAGGGGACCACGGAGCUGCCCGCUUGGCCGAGGGUUUUGAUCUCCGUAGCUUCGCUGGACAGCUGGACCAGGUACAGAAUCGAGGGCUACGGCUCGCUGGCCCUGCCAGCCGAGGCCGGCAGCUACAACUUUAGCCUGAAAACCUGGCGCCCGGCGGCCGGACUCGUCGACAGUCUCCGCCGCGUCUUCACCGGUGGCACCUGCGAGCUCGACGACAUCACCUACUGCGCCAUCCCCGCCAUGCACGAAGGGCCAUUUUUGGACAAGGCCCCCCUCAAAGUCGUGCCCAGCGGCUGCGUCGAGCUGCGUCUGAGCGUCGUUCACCAGAGCCAGAGCUUCGCCAGGUGCUGGGCGCUCGGGUCGGGAGACCGCGGGGAAAAGCUCCAGGCCGGCAAACUGCUCAGCAGCGUCGAAGACGUGCUUAACCAAUUCAAGGCGGCCCGGGAGCGCAUGAUCCAGGCCAGGUCGAUGUGCUCGUAAAACCAAGAUUUUUUUUUCUCUCCCUCGUUUCUUCUAUGGGUCUUAAAAAACCACAAAUUGCCGUCUUGCAUGCGUUUUGAAUGAAAGUGGGCGUGUUUUAUGAUCUCUCGUAACGGUGAUUUUCUUUUUUUUUUUUUUUUUUUUAUUUCAACAAAAAUAACA